AUGGAAGAUGAGGGUGUCAUUGAAAAAGUAGAUCAUCCCACUGCAUGGGUCAACUCACUUGUUAUUGUUGAAAAGAAAGGAGGCGGAUUAAGGAUAUGUCUAGACCCUAGAGACCUCAACAAAGCCAUUCAAAGAGAACACUAUCAAUUACCUACUAUAGAAGAAAUAGCUAGUCGACUAAGUGGCAGUCAAGUGUUCACGGUAUUAGAUGCCAACUCUGCCUUUUGGCAAAUUAAAUUAGACAAGAGCUGUACAGAUCUAACAACUUUUAACACACCUUUUGGUCUAAACUCUUCUGCAGAAGUAUUUGCAAAACGUUUCCACCAAGCUUUCGACAUUAUACAAGGGGUUGAGACAUACAUGGACGAAAUACUGAUAGCAGGUAGAACAAUAGAAGAGCAUGAUGAUAGACUUAGGCAAGUUCUUGACAUAGCAAGAAGGAAAGGAAUCAAACUGAAGCCAUCUAAAUGUAGCCUAAGAGUACGACAAGUCAAGUUUGUAGGACAUAUCAUUACAGAUAGUGGUAUAAAGCCUGAUGACUCAAAGAUUGAAGCAAUACAAUCCAUGCCAUACCCUACAGAUCGCAAGGAACUAGAAAGAUUUUUGGGUAUGAUUAAUUAUCUUGGUAAAUUCUUACAGAACUUGUCAGAAAUAACUGCCCCAUUAAGAGAGUUACUUAAACAAGACAACGAGUGGAUAUGGUUGGAACAACAUCAGAAGGCUGUUGAUUAUUUAAAGAGUUUGAUCACAACCGCCCCAGUUUUAGCCUUUUAUGAUGUUUCACAGCCAGUCAAGUUGUCUGUGGAUGCUUCACAGGAGGGACUUGGAGCAGUAUUAAUGCAGAAUGAAAGGCCAGUGGCUUACGCCUCAAGAUCUCUUACAGACUGUGAAAAACGAUAUGCAGCAAUAGAAAAAAAAAUGCUUGCCAUUGUCUUUGGAGUUGAACAUUUCCAUUACUAUGUGUAUGGACGUCCAAUAAAGGUUGAAACAGAUCACAAACCUUUGGAAGCGAUUAUCAAAAAGCCUUUGGCAUCUACACCACCUAGGCUUCAGCGGAUGCUUCUUCGACUAAUGAAAUAUGAAAUACUGCUGGAAUACAAGCCAGGCAAAGAAAUGUCUAUUCCAGACACACUGUCAAGAGCAUCGCUACCAAUCAAAUAUCCCUCAAGUGAUGACUGGCAAGUUCAUCUGAUCGUCAAUAGUUUACCCAUGUCAGAUGAAUAUAUGAACAUUUUUCAGCAGGCCACUGCAGAUGAUGCUGUUUUAAGGCUGUUAAAGAAUAAUAUUAUGAUAGGCUGGCCAAACAAGAGAGCUGAAAUUCCACAAGAAAUUCGAGCAUAUUCAGGAUUUAAAGAAGAACUUAGUGAAAGCAAUGGUUUACUUUUUAAAGGAGAAAGAUUAAUAGUACCAAAAGUAUUGCAAAAAGAAAUGCUUCAAAGACUGCACCAAGGUCAUCUUGGGCGAGAUAGAUGUCUUGUUACAGCUAAGGAGGUGUUCUUCUGGCCUGGAAUGUCUAAGCAGAUUAUAGACAUGGUAUCAACAUGUGCAGUGUGUAACGAACACCAGAAGUCCCAGCAAAAGGAGCCAUUGUUACCACAUGAUACUCCUGUACUUCCUUGGGAAAAAAUUGGAGCUGAUAAUUUUGAGUAUCUCGGUAAAAACUAUUUGCUACUUGUAGAUUACUAUAGUAAUUUUUUUUAG